AUGUAUACCGCUCAACAUUCCGUUUCUACCCCGAUGAACGGCAUGGGUUCCGAUCUGAUCGAUGGUUCCGGCACCAUCAACCCUGCUGCUUUGAACACGCCUGCUACUGUUUCGCAAUCUGGUCUUUCCGACCCUUCCACAAUCACUACCUCCAAUGUCCACCCUAGCGCAAGCCCAAGAGGCACAAAACGAAGUAGGCCAACAGAACAUUAUGGCGAUCAGCCCGCAGAAGGCGAAGUAGAGGAUGUACCGGAUGAUCAUGGCCGUCGCAAACGAGGCCGGCCCCCCAAGACGCCCAAAGCCUCGUCAUCAACAAACCUCGCUCCCACCCCAGCAGCUCAAAGGCCGAAAUCAUCCCCUUCCCAAACACAGAUUUCUCAACUCCCUCCGCAACCCAUCCCACAGAAUACCGCGACCCCCGCACAGACGUCUCCGCCAGCAAAAACCACUCCCACAAAGUCGCUAGUCAAGGCACUACCUACCGUUAGAGACCACACCACUGACCAACUAGGGGAAGAAGGAGAUGAAUAUAUCCCGAAAGAAUUUGACGAAAAUGGCGAGAAGAAAGUCGACGCGCUGGGAUACCCACAGGACAAACGCAAGUAUAAAUGCAGGACCUUUUGUGUCCCAAACCGCGGCAAAAAACUCUUCAUGCUGGCCACGGAAUGUGCUAGAGUUCUAGGAUAUCGAGACUCUUAUCUCCUCUUUAACAAGAAUAGAUCGCUUUAUAAAAUCAUUGCGAGCCAAGCAGAGAAGGAUUCCUUGAUCCAGCAGGACAUUUUGCCGUACUCCUAUCGCUCUCGACAGAUCGCGAUUGUGACGGCGAGAUCCAUGUUUCGGCAAUUUGGCAGCAGGGUAAUUCUCGAGGGACGCCGCGUUCGCGAUGAUUACUGGGAGAGCAAGGCGCGAAAGCAAGGCUUUACUGAAGAUGAUAUGGCGGGUGAGAAAAGACCAGGAGCUGCCAAGGCCAGGGAUGCCGCUGCUGCUGAAGCCGCGAAUGCAGGAUUGAUACCAAAUCUGGGUCAAAGCGAUAUCAUAUAUAGCAACGGCCCACGUAUCGACGGCAUCCCGCCCGAUAUGCCUCCCCAUCCAGCGAGUCUAACUCCUCUUCCCAUGAUCCACUUGGCGCCAGCGGAUGACCCUAGGCUGAGAGAGUUCAACUCCAUACCGCGACGUAGACAGGAACCCACAGGGCAACCAUUCCAUGAUCGUACCCAACCUAGCAGUGGUGCAGAAAUAAUGAACCAGGCAACUCAUACUGCUGAUUUUAGCAAGAUUUUAAAUCAGCAGCGUGGAUAUCGUGCGAAAGGACUUGAAGAACACUGGAAUAAGAAGCGUGAAACUCCCGUUCCGAGUCAAUCGCCAGUUGUCCAGGUCGAGCAGACCCUGGGUGUGCCUCAGUCCCUCCAAUCACCACAAAUGACAUCUGGUAUCAUCAAUGCGAACCAGCACCCAAACGUUCUACCUCACACACAAAUGAUGACUCCUCAACAAUCCUAUUCUCAGCCUUCCCAUCAACAGACCUCCAUAUCCCAAUCUCCGCUGCGAGGAAUGCCCCAGGGAAUGCGCCCUGAUCAGCUUCAGCAUCGCUCAUCUAGCAUCUCUCUUGCUUCUCCAAGCCCAAGUCAAUCUUCACCAUAUCCUUACUCUCAAAAUCCACAGCUCUGGGGCCAGCCACCUCCCCAGCCACAGCCAUCUCCUCUGUCUACUUCCCACUCGAUUGGAAUGUCACAAUACGUUCCACAGAUGCACCCGCAACAACAACAACAAUCCCCUUCCCCACAUCUUCAAAACACACAACCACUACACCCUUCUCAGUCUCCACGCCAUCAACACCGUGUUCCACCAUCACAGCUUCACGCACAAUCCCCAUCCCACCAGCAGCAGCAGCAGCAGCAGCAGCAACAGCAACAGAAUUUUGCCGCGAUGGGUUAUCCGGGUGUUUCAGCAGCUGCGUAUUCCAACAUGGCUGCUGCUCGCGCUAUAUACCCAUCGUCGCAUGGCAUGGCUGGCUCACAGCAAUACAUGUCCGCACCUCAUCAACAACCAUCGGCAAUGAGUAUGGGCAUGGGCACCGGCGCUUCCAUACCAGGAUGGCCCAGCACCACCACCGGAGGAUCGCUGCAACCUGGUGGGCAGCCACAACCGGGUUCAGGGCAGAGCGGCUGGCCAUCAACGUAUUGAGGAAAGCUGUGAUGUGACCAGUGGGGUAGGAAACUUUGAAAAAACAACAAGGAAAACGCUUCUCGUCGCUUGCAUUGUAUUCUUUUUUUCGCUCGUCUUGACUACUCCUCUUCACUCAUGGCCUGCAUUUUGUUUUUUCCUCCCCUUUGCUUCUCUUUUGUCUUUCUCAUUAUUUUCUCCUGUUCAUGGCUUCAUAUUCCCCUUCCGAGAAACCUUUUAUCUUUUGUUUUAAAAAAUUGGCUAUUCUUUAUUUAGCCUGGGCUUUAAAUUGACGUCUAACGCAAUAAUUGUUACCGAGUAUAGAUGAUCAUUAACCUGUUAUUUUUCGCUGCAACUAGCCAUCUUGAUCUAUUCGCCCUCGUAACUGUUUGCCUGCCUACUCUUCUAUAUACCUCUCUAUUCAAUGUUUCCCUUUCUUGUUGUUACUUAAUGCCAUUAUUUAUUCAAUCUAUUGUCUAUUUAUCCUUUUGUGUGAAAAAAUACCUUUCUCUUUGAAUUUCCUCUUCAUACUCACCAGUUCCCCCCGUUUAUUUGUUGAAUCUCUUAAUUUAGAAACACAUUCCUUCCCUC